AAUAUUUAAAACGUUUAAAACUUCACUGACGUGCCUAUCGACAAUUAAUCUGUCGAUAAUUAAACUGAAAAUUAAUCUCAGAAGAAUAUCCAUUAAUUUAAACGCAUGACAAUUUUGUAAAAUCGCAAGUUGGUAAUUUUUUGAUUUACGAUCCUCGUCGCCAAUAAAAUGGAUUUCGGCACUUUGAUCUCUGUCGCGCAAAAGAAUGAAGUAAAAAAACAGCAGACUGUUAAGUGCUAUCAAACAAAAUUUGCACCACUGAAGAAGCAGUCUAAACAAUCUAAAACCCUUUCUGAUAAUAUCAAAAAAUUUUUAGCUCGAAAAGAAGAGGAAGAGAAACAAAAAGCCUUGGAAGAAAAAAGAAAAAAGGAAAAUCUUUUAGCUUUACGAGAUCAGAAGACUCAAAAUCGGAUAAACAAACACUUGAAAGUUUGUAAAGCAGCGAAUAAGUCGGUGAUUGAGGAUGCCAUUGACAGUGAAAAUACAGCUAUUACUAUUGCAGGCCCAUCUCAACCUGAUGAAGAUGAUUAUGGAUAUGAAUCUCAGGCAGCUUCUGCAUUGUACAAUCAACUUAUGAAUAAAUAUAAUAGUUUACCUCCGGAAAAACCUCUUUUUAGUGCUAGUGAAAGAACAGUGAAAGAUAUUGCAUCCACAAAGGAUAGAGUAAAACAAGCUCUAAAACAACAAGAACUUGAAGAAAGUAGUGGACAUAGGAAAAAAAGAAAAUCGAACAUUUCAAAUAUAAAAGAAACUGAAAUUGAAGAAAAAGUAGAAAAAAACAACAAAGAAAUUAAUAACAAAGUCAAAGAAGUUAGAGAAAACAAAGACGAAAAACCCAAAGUGAAGAAAAAAUCAUCGCUACCACCUAUAGGUUUUGCGGAACUUUUAAAACUCGCCGAAGUAAAGCAGCAUGAACCUGUAGUUGUAGAAGUUAAACCAAAAGUUGAAAAUGAACGACCCAUGACAAAACGUCAAAAAAUGGAACACAUACAAGAAAGAGAAAGGAAGGAGCAACGUGAAAAAAAAGAUUUAGAGGCAAAUAAAAAGACAAAUACAUCUACCAAGCUUGAUAAAACACAAGUGAACAGAAUUCCUAAAGCUAAUGAAAAAUCUGUAAUCUCAAAUUCAACACUGAAUAAAAUGUCCAAAUGUGCAACAACCAUUCCUAAACAAAUUACUGAUAAAUUCGACAUUAAGCAUAAUAUCGAAAAAUCAAAUUCAAACAAGAGCUCAUUUCAGAAUGAAUUAUUAGAGGAACGAAAAAAAUUAGAAGCUGAGAGAAGACAAUUGGAGGAAAUGCGACGCGCUAUCGAGGAAGAAAAGAAGAAAUUAGUACACAGUAAAAAUAAAAUAGAAAAUGUAAAAUCUGAACCAUGCGACAAAUUAAAUAUAACUAAAUCUAAAUCUAUAAAUAAGCAAAUAUCCAAGGACAUUAAAUCGCGGCAAUAUCCACCUUCGGAUUUAAAGUUACAAUCCAUAUUAGCUAAUACUAAACCAAAACAAUUUCCACCAUCUGAUGUUAGGUCUACAAAAUCUAAUACAGUCGUCAAAAAAAUAUCCAAUAAAAGACGUAUCUGUGAUGAUGAGGAAGAUGAUUCAGAUUUGAUUGAUUUCAUAGACGAUGAGCCAGAAGAUAAUGAAGAAGAUUAUAGUAAACAUAUUAGCGAAAUAUUUGGUUAUGAUAAGAGUAAAUAUAGAAAUAUCGAUGAUGAUGAUGAUACUGCUAUGGAAAGUAAUUUUGCGCAACAAUUAAAGGAAGAAUAUAUAUCUUCAAAAAUAGGAUAUAUGGAAGAUUUAGAGGAUAUGCGCAUGGAAGCAUUAGAAAAAAAGAGAAAAACUAUUUCGAAGAAGAGAACAAAGAAAUAG